CCCGGACCGACUGGUCUUUCGGUCUUCUUCCCCCUCCUUUACUCUUCCUCCCCAAUCCCGCCCCUUCCCUCCCCUUUCCCCUCCUCGAGUUCCAGCAUUUGAGGCCGCGAGAGUGUAGGAGGCUAUGGAGUAAGCGGGCGGCAACGGCCAGACGCCGAGGCUGAGCAGGAGCAGCCGAGAGGCGUUUGGGGGGCGGCGGGGGGGAAAGAGACCCAGCGCCGCCCCUCCUGAGGGAGAAGGGGAAGAGGUAACUAUAACUACCCAGAACUGCAGCCAUGGAGUCCAUGCUAAAUAAGUUGAAGAGUACCGUUACAAAAGUAACAGCUGACGUCACUAGCGCUGUGAUGGGAAAUCCUGUCACUAGAGAAUUUGAUGUUGGUCGACACAUCGCCAGUGGGGGCAAUGGGCUAGCUUGGAAGAUUUUUAAUGGCACAAAAAAGUCAACAAAGCAGGAAGUGGCUGUUUUUGUCUUUGAUAAAAAGCUGAUUGACAAAUAUCAAAAAUUUGAAAAGGAUCAAAUCAUCGAUUCUCUAAAACGCGGAGUCCAACAGUUAACUCGACUACGACACCCUCGACUUCUUACUGUCCAGCAUCCUUUAGAAGAAUCCAGGGACUGCUUGGCAUUUUGCACGGAACCAGUUUUUGCCAGUUUAGCCAAUGUUCUGGGUAACUGGGAAAAUCUACCUUCCCCUGUGUCUCCAGACAUUAAGGAUUAUAAACUUUAUGAUGUAGAAACCAAAUAUGGUUUGCUUCAGGUUUCUGAAGGAUUGUCAUUUUUGCACAGCAGUGUGAAAAUGGUUCAUGGAAAUAUUACACCUGAAAAUAUAAUUUUGAAUAAAAGUGGAGCCUGGAAAAUAAUGGGCUUUGAUUUUUGUGUAUCAUCAACCAAUCCUUCUGAACAAGAGCCUAAGUUUCCAUGUAAAGAAUGGGACCCAAAUUUACCAUCAUUGUGUCUUCCAAAUCCUGAAUAUUUGGCUCCUGAAUAUAUACUUUCUGUGACCUGUGAAACAGCCAGUGAUAUGUACUCUUUAGGAACGGUCAUGUAUGCUGUAUUUAAUAAAGGGAAACCUGUAUUUGAAGUUAACAAGCAAGAUAUUUACAAGAGUUUCAGCAGACAAUUGGAUCAGUUGAGUCGUUUAGGAUCUAGUUCACUUACAAAUAUACCUGAAGAAGUCCGUGAACAUGUAAAACUACUGUUAAAUGUAACUCCAACUGUAAGACCAGAUGCAGAUCAAAUGACAAAGAUUCCCUUCUUUGAUGAUGUUGGUGCAGUAACACUGCAAUAUUUUGAUACGUUAUUCCAAAGGGAUAACCUUCAGAAGUCACAGUUUUUCAAAGGACUGCCAAAGGUUCUGCCAAAACUGCCUAAGCGUGUGAUUGUGCAGAGAAUUUUGCCUUGUUUGACUUCAGAAUUUGUAAACCCUGACAUGGUACCUUUUGUUUUGCCCAAUGUUCUACUCAUUGCUGAAGAAUGUACCAAAGAAGAAUAUGUUAAGUUAAUUCUACCUGAACUUGGGCCUGUCUUUAAACAGCAGGAGCCAAUCCAGAUUUUAUUAAUCUUCCUCCAAAAAAUGGAUCUGCUACUAACCAAAACUCCUCCUGAUGAGAUAAAGAACAGUGUCCUGCCAAUGGUUUACAGAGCCCUAGAGGCUCCCUCCAUUCAGAUCCAGGAACUCUGUCUAAACAUCAUUCCAACCUUUGCAAAUCUUAUAGACUACCCAUCCAUGAAAAAUGCUUUGAUACCAAGAAUUAAGAAUGCAUGUCUGCAAACAUCUUCCCUUGCUGUACGUGUAAAUUCAUUAGUGUGCUUAGGAAAGAUUUUGGAAUACUUGGAUAAAUGGUUUGUACUUGAUGAUAUUCUACCCUUCUUACAACAAAUUCCAUCCAAGGAACCUGCGGUCCUCAUGGGAAUUUUAGGUAUUUACAAAUGUACAUUUACCCAUAAGAAGUUGGGAAUCACCAAAGAGCAGCUGGCUGGAAAAGUAUUGCCUCAUCUGAUUCCCCUGAGUAUUGAAAACAAUCUUAAUCUCAAUCAGUUCAAUUCUUUCAUUUCCGUCAUAAAAGAGAUGCUUAAUAGAUUGGAGUCAGAACAUAAGACUAAACUGGAGCAACUUCAUAUAAUGCAAGAACAGCAGAAAUCUUUGGAUAUAGGAAAUCAAAUGAACGCUUCUGAGGAGACAAAAGUUACAAAUGUUGGGUCUCAGCAGAUUGACAAAGUCUUUAACAACAUCGGAGCAGACCUUCUGACUGGUGGUGAAUCCGAAAAUAAAGAGGAUGGGUUACAGAACAAACAAAAAAGAGCAUCACUUACACUCGAAGAAAAACAAAAAUUAGCAAAAGAACAGGAACAGGCACAGAAGUUGAAAAGCCAGCAGCCUCUUAAACCUCAAGUUCACACACCUAUUGCUCCAGUCAAGCAGACUAAGGACCUGACAGACACGUUGAUGGAUAACAUGUCAUCUUUGACCAGUCUUUCUGUUAGCACCCCUAAAAUUUCUGCUUCAAGUUCCUUCACUUCUGUUCCUUCCACGGGCCUUGGCAUGAUGUUUUCUACACCAAUUGACAAUACAAAGAGAAAUUUAACAAAUGGCCUAAAUGCUAACAUGGGCUUUCAGACUUCAGGAUUCAACAUGCCAGUUAAUACAAACCAGAACUUCUUCAGUAGUCCAAGCACACCCGGAGUGAGCAAGAUGACUCUGGGAGCACCUUCCACCUUGCCAAACUUCAGCGCUGUGAGUGUUUCCCCUGCAGGGGGAAAGCAGACUCAGCAAAGACCCACAGAUAUGUCUGCUCUUAAUAAUCUCUUUGGCCCUCAGAAACCCAAAGUUAGCAUGAACCAGUUAUCACAACAGAAACCAAAUCAGUGGCUUAAUCAGUUUGUACCUCCUCAAGGGUCUCCAGGUAUGGGCAGUUCAGUAAUGGGAACACAGGUGAACGUGAUGGGACAAUCUGCCUUCGGAAUGCAGGCUAAUCCUUUCUUUAACCCACAGAACUUUGCACAGCCGCCAACUACUAUGACCAGUAGCAGUUCAGCUAGCAAUGAUUUAAAAGAUCUUUUUGGGUGAGGUGUCAUGCUCCUAUUUUUGAAGGAUUACUUCAGUUUUAAUCAUGGGUAAGCUGAUUUACAUCUUUAUGUAGCUGGCUUGGAGGAAGUAGUUCUAUGGGAGAGUGGUCCUGUGAUAGGGGGAAAAAAAAAACCUGUUUUCAUGCCAGCAUAGUAGUUGUAUGGACUCCUAACAGUUGAGGUUUUUAAAGCAUUGAGGAUUUUUUUUCCUCUUACCAACUCCUCUUCAGGUUUUUAAAAGACCCAACCCAUAUCAAUCUCAAUGAGAAAAAAAAGAUACCUGAGUAUCUUGAAUAGCAGAAUUUUUAAAUCAAAUGUUUAUUUUGGCUUGUAUAUCUUGGUGUUAUUUUAAAAGUUGAGUUGAUGGUAAUUGCAAGUUUCAUCUGUUAAAUACUACAUGGUACACAGUCUACCUUCACAAGUCAUUAGUCUUCAUUUUAAAUAUGUGAAAAAUCUUAAUGCUGUAUUGAUUUGUUUGCAUUUAGUACAACUGAGAAAAUGAUACACAUAAUGAAAAGGAUCAGGUCAUUUGCUUUUCCAAUCUUAUUACUUCUCAGAUGAACUAAUGUUUAGUACAAAAGGCUGAGCACAUACUGCAAAAUUUAAUUUAACCUUCAUUUCAUUGGUUCAAACUAAAGGCAUUAUCAACUAUCAUAAAUGCAAACUGAUCACUGUAAAUUAUUUUUUAGCAUGGUCUGCCUCAAGUAGUAGUGUAUUUUUCUCCGUUUUCCUGGAUAUGUUUCGAGUCCCGUUUUCCCUCCUGUGUCACAGACAGAGAGGCAUGUAUGGAUUUGUACAGGUAUUUGACAAAGCCCUCUCUGCUUUUUCAUGAUGGCUGCCUUCAUGCUUCAUUUUGAAUUCAAACUUCAGAGGUUGCAGCAUAUAUGAAUUGCAUUUUCAAAAGGAGAUUUGUAAGAAUUAAACUAUAUUUAAUGAGUAAACUUUUGAGAUUUCUGCUGUAUUGUUUCAAAUGUAAUAAACUUUACUUCUCUAAAAAUGAGCACUUGUAUCUUCUGGCUGCUAACAGAUUAAUUUUCAGCUUGUUAAGUGUGACCUCAUCACUUACUGCAUCUGAAGUUUAAUUAUUUUCUCGGAAUUUUAGGGUCUUUCAUUCAAACAUUUUAAUGUUCAUAAUUAGCCAUUUUUAGGAAGAAAAAGGAUAAAUUCUUCUAACAUGAAACAUGCUUUCUUUUUCAAGGCCUUUCUCUGAUGUUUUUCUUUGAUUAGCUGGUAACUGUGGAGUCUUAUGCCAUAGAUGUCAUUUGUAUUUUGUUAAGUUAUAUUCCAUCAUUAUAACUUUAAGCUGAUCUUUCAGAGAACUAUAAUGUAUUAUAUUGUAACUGCUGCCAUAGAGUUGUGGAUUUUAAUUAUCAGAAACCAGCAAUCAUUUAAAAUAAAUCCUAUGAACUUUA